AUGCUGGCAGAGGUUGUCGACGAGUACGUGUCGUCCGCCGAAGAGCGCUCGCGGCUCGCCAGCAAGCACGGCGAGGACGUGCUUCGCUCGGCAGAAGAGUCGAUUGACGCACUGCCCCCCGCGUCGCAGCCGCCGGCCAACGACGGCCCAGAGUCAGCUCCGGGCUAUGCGCAUGCCCGAAAGGUCCAGGUUCUGGAGGAGCUCCUGGCCAAGGCCGACGACGAGGUCUUCCAGCUCCGUGACGAGGCUGCCGCGCUGAAGACCGAGGCUCAGACGCUCCGUGCCGAGCUGGCGGCCGCCCGUUCGGCCGGCUCCGAGGCCUCGGCCCGGGUCGAGGCCGACGACGCCGCUCUCGCCGACGUCGGCGCUAAGCUCGCCGCGUCCGAAGCAGAGCGCGAGAGCCUCGAGGCCGACCUGGCCACGCUGCAGGCCACGCUUGAACAGACCCGGGCGUCCAGCGUGGGUCAGGCGUCAGCCCUGCAGGACCAUGUGGCGUCUCUCGAGGACCAGCUGGCCGUCGCCCUGGCCGAGCGCGCCGAGUUGGCCGCCGAGAUCAAGCGGCAGACCGAGCAGCUGCGCGAGCGGGACACACUUGCGGCCAAACUCGACGCCGCCUCCGCCGCUGUCGCCCAGGCUACCGCCGACCGGGAUGCCACCCGUGCCCGCUAUGAGACGGCACUUACCGACGCGGCCGCCGAGGCAUCGUCGACUGCAGCAACACUCGCCGCGCUCGAGAACGAGAUCUCCCAACUCACCACUCUCAACGAGGAGCUCACACGCGACAACUCGCAGCUCACGGUGUUUGUGCUCGAAGGCGAGCAAGCCAAAACUAAGCUUGACCACGCGCUGUCGCAAAUGGACAACCUUGAGGCCGAUCUCGAGCUUGUGACCUCCAAGCUCGAAGAGACUCGCCAGGCCGGUCGCGCCCGCGAGGACACGCUCCAAGAGAUGGUCGACUCGCAGCGGGUCGAGAUUGCCGAGCUCCGCGCCAUCAUUGCCGCCACCCGCGCGGACAACAGCGACUCCGACCGCCCAGCGUCGCCGACUACCUCGCAGCUCCGCGACGAGCUCCGCCAGACCAAGGAGCAGGCCGCUGUGCUUGCCGCCGAGCGCGAUGCACUCGUGAGCGCCAAGGUCGCGCCAGAGUCGUCGUCGGCACUCCUCGCCACCCUCGAGUCAGCGCUCACCGAAAAGGCCGAGCUUGCUGUCCGCGUCCGUGCCCUCGAAGACGAAGUCUCCGAGCUCACCGCCCGAAACAAUGCACUCGAGACUAUGUCGCUCCGUGAUCAGGAGGCGCUUGUUCGCGAGACCGUUCGCGCCGAGGACGCUCUGGCCCGCGCGUCGUCUGCGACGCCGUCGCCAGUCUCUGCCCCGGCAUGCUCCAUCCCGGACCACGCCUCGCUCGUCACUUCGCUCACUGACACCCAGCGCACUCUCAAAGAGCUUGAGCUUCGGUACGUCGAGCUUGUUACCGAGCACAAUGCUCUGGUCAGCGCCGAUGCCGUGGUCAUUGCCGAGUACGAUGCGCUCAAGGCUGACCACGACGCGCUCGUCGCCCGCAACCAGUCUCUUCUCCGCGAGCGCCCGCUCUUCACUCGAGUCGCUGGCGUCGAUGGAGGACCUGCCAUCCACGCCACGGCCCACGAGUCCGAGGACAAGGGUUCCGUCUUUGAGCCGCUACCUGCUGUGCCCACCGAUUCGGCCGCAACCGCACCCGCCGCUUCUUUCUCCCCAGACACCGGCUCUGCAUCGGCUCGUUCAACUCGACUGGAGGAGACACAUGCCACCAUCGAGAGUCUCCUUGACGAAAUCCAGACCCUCACCGCUGAGCGCGACGCUGCCAUUGCCGAGCGCGACGCUGCCGUCGCUGAGCGCGACGCUGCAUCACGCGACUCGAGCAAGCUCGCUGCCAUAGCCGCAGAGCUUGCAGAGCGCGAUGCGGCCUAUGCUGUGUCGCGUGACGAGGUUGAUGACCUCCGCCGCCGGCUCCGUGCCGCCCAGGACCGCGCCGCCGCCGCAGAGGAUCUUCUUGCCCGCCCUGAGCACCGCAUGCUCGCACCGCGCAACGACGCGCCCAUCACUAUGGUUGUCACCGAUCCGCCACGCAAAAGCUCCAAGUCGCCCGAAGCAGAUGCUCAUGCAACCGAGGUCGCCAAGCUCCGAGCCCGUCUCCGCGAGCAGUCGGAAGAUCACAUCGCCGAAACCCUCCAGUACUCGGAGCAGAUCUCGCAGCUCCGCAACGAGCUCGCCGAGCUCCAUCGCGAGCUGGCGGCGGCCCGCGCUGGGCCAACGCUGGAAGAGUACGAGGUGCUGGCCGAGGAUCUCAAGGCUCUACAGGCAGACCACGUGUCUCUCGAGGCCGAGCACGCUCAGCUGGUCGAAACCAACGCUCAGCUCGCGUCGGUCGCUGCAAACACUGCUGCUGCCGAGGCCGCCGAGGCCGCCGCCGAGCAGCAAAUGGCCGCCGUCGCCGAUGCCGUCACUACUGCGGGCACCACCGUCGACGCGCUCUCGACGCGCAUCGCCGAGCUCGAGGAAAAGGUCCGCGCCGAGACCUCCCGCGCUGCCGACCUGCAAACUGAGCUCAUCACCGCCAGGGCGUCGGAGCGCGGGCUUCGCGACCAGGUCGCCGCCCUUCAGACCGAUGCGGCGUCGGCAGCCCAUGACGCCUCUUCCCACUCGGCCGAGACCGCACAGACCAUUGCUUCGCUUCAGGAGCAAGUCCAGUGGCUUACCGAUCAGAACACCGAGCUCGAAGCCUCACUCACCGCGUACCAGGACCAGGUCGAGGCCUACGCCCAGCAGAUCCAAGACGAGUUUGCCCGAGAGACAGAAUCGACCGCGGCUCUCAAGAACGAGAACUCCCGUCUCAAGACUGAGCUCAUCGCUACCGAGGCGCGAGUGGCGCAGCUUGGCGACGCCAUGUCUGCGCUCGAGACCCAGCUCCGGUCGACGACCCUCCCACCGGGCUCGGAGGCGUCGGCGCUGCAGGAAAAGUUGGUUGAGGCCUACCGCGAGCUCGCGCUCGAGCAAGGCUCCAACUCGGGCUCGCGCGCUGCCAAGGAUUUGCUGGCGGAGCAAGUGGCCUCGCUGCAGGCUGACCUUGCCGCCGAGCGCGCCGCUCGCCAGGCUGCUGAGCAGGCCGCGGCCCACGAGGAGAGCCAAGCCCAGCAGGCUGCCAAGCGGCUCGACACAGUCACCGCCAAGAUCGACAACAUCCACGCAGAGCGUGAAAAGGCUUCCCGCCGCGUCGUCGAGCUUGAGGUCAAGGUCGCGCAGCUCGAGGCCGACGCCGCACACGCACACCGCGAGCAUGCGGUUGCGCAAGCGGUUGUCUCAGAAGUCCGAACCGCCAACGCCAUGCUCUCCGAGUCGCUCAAGGACGCGCUCCGCGCCUCGGGGCCCGAGGCGGCGACUCAACAGUCCGCGCCUGCCAACCUCAUCGGCCACAUAGAGUCGGAGCUGCGCCAGAUCGCAGCCGACAAGGACUCGCUCGAGUCGGCGUCAGCCAAUCAGAUCCGCCUCCUCGAGGCCAAGGCGCUUGCGCUCGAAGAGCAGGUUCUCGGGCUUCGGGCCGAGCGCGACGCUGCGCUCGCCGACAGUGCCGCCGUUGCCGAGGCUGCUGCCGAGCGCGAUGCUGCCCUUGCCUCGCUGGCGUCGGCCGAGGCCGAGAUGGCAUCGGCCGCCGCCGCUGCCGCUGAGGCCGACGCCCGCGCUGCUCGUCUCGAGGCUGCUGCUGCCCGAGCCGUAGAGCUCGAGGUCGAGCUCUCAGAAGAGGCCAGGCGUAACGCGUCGCUGCAAGAGUCGUCUGCGCAGGCCACGAGCCAGCGCGCAUCGGUCGAGGCGUCGGCGUCGGCAAACCAGGCUGCGCUCGUGAGCUCACUCCGCGACGAGCUUGAUCUUGCGCGCAAGACCAUCGACGUGCUCGAGGGCAAGGUCCGCGCCGCUGAGCGGGGCGCGACCAAGACCGCCGAGCUCGCUGCUGAAAACGAGCAGCUCGAAGACCGGAUCAACGAGCUCGGUCGCACACUCACCAACCUCGAGGACGAAAACAGCGUGCUUGAGGAGCAGCUGCGCGCUCAGAUCAAGGCGCUGGAGAGUGCACGUGCGGUGCAGGGCAAGAUGGAAGCGACGCUCCUAGCAGAGAACAACACGCUCCGGGAAGCCGCUGACGAGGCUGAGGCCAAGGCCCGCGCUGCAGCCGAGGCCAAGGCCGACGUCGACGCCGCCCUUGCCGCGCUCGAGUCCGAGUGCCUCACCCUCCGGUCGGCGGUCCAAGACUACAAGGACCGGGCCAACUCGAACCAGGAGAUUCUCGACGCCAUGAUGGCCGACCCGCCGGGCGCCAAGGAGCUUGCCGCGGCGCUGGCCGACAAGGACGAGCUGGCGGACAAGCUGGCAACGCUUGGCGUCGACAACGCCACGCUCCGCGCCACCGCCGAGGAGCUCGAGCGCAAGGUUGCCACGCUGCAGCGACUGCUGCGCGACACCGAGGCCCACGGUCGCGACACCCAGGCCGACCUGCAGGCUGCGCUGGAGACUGCCCGUGGCGACGCCGCCGCCAACGCCAAGCGGCUGGCCAACGCCCAGCACGAGGCACAGACGGCGAGCGACGAGGCCGAUGCCCUCCGCCACGCCCUCGCCACUGCACGCAAGCGGCUCAACCAGGCCAGUGCCCGCGCCGAUGCUGCCGAGCAGGAGGCACUGGAUGCGGCGUCAGAUGCACGCAAGUCGGCCGCUGCCGCUGCUGCUGCAUCGGAAGACUGUGCUGCCGCAGAGGCCAAGGUGGUGGCGGCCAAAGCCCGCGCCCAGCGCGAUGCUGCCGAGGCUGUCGCCGACCUCGAGGCGCUCCGUGAGCGGCUGCGGAGCGUCGAAACCGAUGCGGCGCUGCACCGUGAGGCUGCUGCGGCCGCCGAGCGAUCGGCUCAGCGGCGCAUUGCUGAUCUGACCGCGCGCCUGGAUGCCGCGACAGCGUCCGAGGACCUUUCCGGACUGGUAACCGAGAUGGAGGCGGAGCUUGCAGCUCGCGAUCGCGAGAUUGCGCGGCUCAACGCUGCGCUCGUAGCCGCCGAACAGGCCUCGCUCUCGGCCGCGCAGCAUGUUGUAGAGGCUAAUCUGGCUGCCCGCUCGCCGACCACGCCCGAGGUCGCCAGCUCCCGCCGCGCAGACCGACUGCAGCGCGAGCUUGAUGCGCUCUCGCUCGACUACGAGGCCGCGUGCGGCGAGCUGGCGUCCAAGUCCAAGGAGCUGCGCCGGGUCAAGGAAGCUGCGGCUGUCGGCGACAGUUAUGACGCCGAAGCCAACGCCGCGCUCCGCCGCGAGCUGACUGAGCUCCGUCGCGCCUCGGACGACCGCCUCGCCCGCCUCCGCGACGCUCACGAUCAGGAAGUAACUGCACUCGAAGCCGAGCUCGACGAGCUCCGCACUCAGCUCCGCGCCAAGAACCGUGCCGCUGCGUUGGACGCCUCGGUCGACGCGGAGACCGCAGCAUAUGUGGCCGACCUCGAGGCGACGGUCGACAUCCUGCGUGCCGAGAACCGCACCCAAGCCCGCACUGCCCGCGUUGUCCAGGACAAUGGCGACCGUGAUAGUAGUGCGCGGGUGGCUGAGCUAGAGGCCACCGUCGAGAGCCUGCGCGCAAAGCUUGUGUUGCAGCCGCAGCAGUCGCCGCAGACCUCGGAUGCCGGAACAUACGUGGCCGAGCUGGAGGCAACUGUUGAGAGCCUGCGCGCAGAGCUCGAGUUGCACCCGCCUUCCCUCGCCACCAACGAGUCGAGCCGCGUGAAUCAGCUCGAGGCGGUCAUCGUGGAGCUGCGGGAGGCGCUGGCCGCCUCGACAGACUCACCGCAGUCGCUUGCGGUGACGGAGCAACUCCGCGCCGAGCUGCGAGAGGCCAAGGUCCUCAACGCAGAACUGCGCGACGACCUCGAUCAUGUCCGCGACAUGCUGCGCCGGGCCAAGGAGCGGCAGGCUGCCCGGGGUCCGCCGCUCAGCAGCGAGACCGGCAGCGAGAGCGAGGCUGAUCCCGACUCGCCCAACCUCUCCUACACCGCCGAAGUCUCUGGCGCCGAGCGCAGCCACCGCGGAAGCAAAUUCGUGGCGCUGCAGGAAGAGCUCGCGCAGACCCGGGCCGAGCUCGAGUCGACGCGGCAGAGCCUCGACAUCGCCCACGUCAACCUCGCGCGGGUCCAGGCCGACAGCAAGGUUGAGGUGCAGGCCUUGGAGCAGGCCCUCGAUGCGGCGCAGAGCCGGCUCGCGGCAGUGUUUGACGAGCUGGACGCCGCGCGGGCCGCCGCCGACUCGGCUGUCGCCCAAUCACAGCAUCGCGAGGCCGAGUCUGCAUCGGCCAACGCCGAGCGCGCCGCGGCCUUUGUCAACGUCCGCGAGGAGAACGCCGAGCUCCAGCUGAUGGUGGUUCGGGUCCAGGUCGAGAUGGAGCGGUACGCGACAGAGAUCGAAAAGGCGCUGAUGGCUGUCGUUGAGACCUGGCGGGUCCACGUCGCGCCGGACGCGCUCGCUCGCUGCCUCUCAGACUCGCAGUCGCGGCUCCGCGCCUUUUUCCGCGAGCGCGAACCGAUGAUCCGUCUCCUCGACAGCCUCUACUCCAAGACCGGUCACAUCCACGACAUGCUCAAUGCGGUCAUCGACGUCGAGGAGCUCUGAUACCACCCGCGAGUGUAAACAGACAAAAAUGC